CUUUCUGCUUCUCAAACUACUCCUCUCCCGUUUCGUCCUCCAGUACCCCGGUGUGCCGUUCCUUCACGCAAUCUUUCUCGCUCUCGUUGAAAGCAUGGUGCGGCUAGAAUGCGCGGAUUUCGUGAUUCUGCUUAUAGCGCUGCUUCUUCCUCCUCUAGGCGUUUUUAUCAAGCUCGGUUGCUCCUUUGAGUUCUGGCUGGCUCUUCUUCUCAGCUUCCUCGGAUACAUCCCUGGAGCCGUGUAUGCCUUCUACGUUAUCUACACUGCCAUCCAGGAGGGAGAUGGUGUACAGAUUUACUAUGUGCGAGCAUGACCGCUCAGCACAUUCCUUCCAGUCCAUUCUGUCAGAACUCAGCCACUAACCACUGAGUUAAAAGGGCUUGUUCAUAGGGGGUCAGUGCGCCCAUAGCCCCCCAGGCUCUGCACCUGUGGCCCUUCCCCGAGGAUCUGCUCAAGGGUAACCCCAGCAGGUCACUCGACAGAUUCGUCCUGUUUGGUCAGGUGUUGCUCCCAUGGAGCUCCAGCCCAGCAUAGCGGUAGAUGGUUGUGACAUGCAUGCAUAGCCGAGCCAGUGUACAUUGUGUGCUGUAGUUCACAGUGGUGUGUAUCAGAGUAGAAGAAUGAAUUAAAAGAGAGAGAACAUGUGAAUAUACAUAAGAGUUGUACCCUAU